UUCAGUGGACGGAGUGAGUGACGGAGGAAUAACUCGCUGCUCGACUCGAGACAACGACCAGGGAACGGAGACGAGAACCAGUGACUGAAGAUCUACGACGCACCUGAAGAGGAGUCGCCCUGAUCGUUUGCAAAGCAGACGACGGCCAGUUUGACUUGCAAAACUGAGAGGCUGAGGUUCUGGAGCUGCUGCAGGUGCAGACGUCAGGCACUGAUCGCUCUCUCACCAACACCGAGGGUCAUCCACGUCGCUGUCAAACUUCUCCUGUCUGUCACUCAGCCCACAGAUCGUCACCAUGGGGGAGAUGGAGCAGCUGAGGAAGGAGGCGGACAACCUGAAGGACCAGAUCACGGCCGCUCGUAAGGCAGUGCAGGACACCACCCUGCAGGAGGCAGCGGCGGGGGUCAGCGUGGUGGGCCGCGUCCAGAUGAAGACCAGGAAAACACUGAGAGGCCACCUCGCCAAGAUCUACGCCAUGCACUGGGGCACGGACACCAAGUUGUGUGUCAGCGCGUCACAAGACGGAAAACUGAUCGUGUGGGACAGCAUCACGACCAACAAGGUGAACGCCAUCCCUCUGAAGUCGUCCUGGGUGAUGACCUGCGCCUACGCACCGUCAGGGAACCUGGUGGCGUGUGGUGGACUGGACAACAUGUGCUCCAUCUACAACCUGAAGGGCAAAGACGGGAACGUCAAGGUCAUGCGUGAGCUGGCGGCGCACACAGGUUACCUGUCCUGCUGUCGUUUCCUGAGUGACACUGAGAUCAUCACCAGCUCCGGCGACUGCACCUGCGUCCUGUGGGACAUUGAAACUGGAACCCAGAAGACCAUCUUUGCGGGACACCAAGGAGACUGCAUGUCCCUGGCCGUGUCUCCAGACUUCAGGUUCUUCAUCUCGGGGGCGUGUGACUUCACAGCCAAGCUGUGGGACAUCAGGGAGGGCACGUGCAGGCAGACGUUCGGAGGCCACGAGAGCGACAUCAACGCCAUCGGGUUCUUUCCAAAUGGCAACGCUAUAAUCACCGGGUCGGACGACGCCACCUGUAAACUGAACGACCUGCGGUCCGACCAGGAGCUCAUCACCUACCAGGACUCCAGCAUCAUGUGUGGGGUCACUUCCCUGGCGCCCUCCCUGUCUGGACGUUUGUUACUGGCUGGUUACGACGACUUCAACGUCAACAUCUGGGACACACUCAAGGCCGAGAGAGUGGGAGUGCUGGCAGGACACGACAACAGAGUCAGCUGUAUCGGGGUGUCCUCGGACGGCAUGGCCUGCUGCACGGGAUCCUGGGACAGUUUCCUGAAGAUCUUUGUGAAUUUGGGCAGAAUCAGCCGGUGCUGGGUUUCAGAGAAGACCACUCCUCUUUAG